AUGCCACAAGACGACAUCGAAAUGAACCGCCUCGGCCGCCGCCCCCGCAGCAUCACGCCGUCCGCCAGUAUGCCCAGUCAAGCUAGCCAAGCGAGCCUGCCGGACAGCGAGCUACCGGCCUGGUUCCACGCCCGUACCCCGCGGGCCUUGGAAAUCCGCCCGGACGGGACAGCUUCUCCGGGUCUUGGAUCCGGCGAAGGAGACGGCAGCCGCAGCAGCAGCGGCCGGAUGCGUGCGCGGAUGGACCGGUUGAUUGACUCGUUCCGGAGAGAGGACGGGUCACGGUUGGAGGGGUAUGGGUUUGAUGACGAGGAACACCAACUCCCCGAUCACCAGCACCAUGAUAGUUCACACCGCCCAUAUCGCCCACCACCACCCCCCGACCCAUAUGUUUACCAAGACACUUACACAGACACCGACGCCGGCACGCAAAACCAUCCGGAAGAAACCCUCGACGAAAACGGCCACCCGAUCCGCGUCCGCAAACACGCUCUCGGCCGAUACUACGACCUGCGCGAGGCCAACGCCCGUGCUGCGCGCACUCUCCUCGCGCGGGAACUCAAAGGCCGGCAUCUCCAAAUGAUCGCCAUCAGCGGGUCGAUUGGGACAGGUCUGUUUGUGGCCUCAGGAAAAGCGCUCAGUCAGGGGGGGCCGGCGUCCUUGUUGUUGGCGUAUUGUAUUGUGGGGAGUAUGUUGUGGUGUACGAUGCAGGCGUUGGGGGAGAUGGCGGUGGUGUUUCCGGUGGCGGGGUCGUUUUCGAUGUUUUCGACGCGGUUUUUGGAUCCCAGUUGGGGGUUUGCUAUGGGGUGGAAUUAUUUCCUUCAAAUGACAGUGGCCUUCCCGCUCGAGGUCAUUGCCGGGUCCAUGACGAUUGGGUACUGGAACCCGGGCUUGGAAAAGUCCAUCUUUGUGACAGUGUUUUUGGUGGUGAUUGUCGCGAUCAACUUGAUGGGCGUCAAGGGGUAUGGCGAGGCCGAGUUUAUCUUUGCUAUUGUCAAGGUAACGGCUGUUGUUGGGUUCAUCCUCUUCGGCAUCGUCAUCAACAUCGGCGGCACCCCCACGUCAGGCUACAUCGGCGGAACCUACUGGCAUUCCCCCGGCGCCUUCCACAACGGCUUCAAAGGCCUCUGCGCCGUCUUCGUGGCCGCCGCCUUCGCCUUCGCCGGAACCGAACUCGUCGGCCUCGCCGCAGCCGAAACCGCCAACCCCCGCAAAUCCCUCCCGACCGCCAUCAAACAAGUCUUCUGGCGCAUCUCCCUCUUCUAUAUCGUCUCCCUCGCCCUCAUCGGCUUACUAGUCCCCUAUACCGAACCCCGCUUGCUCGGCGCCACCAGCAUCGCCGAUGCUUCCGCCUCGCCCUUUGUGAUUGCCAUCGAAUCCGCUGGCACCACCGUCCUCCCCUCUAUCAUGAACGGCGUUAUCCUGGUGGCUGUCAUCUCCGUCGGGAACUCCUCUGUCUUCGGUGCCUCGCGCACCCUAGCUGCUCUCGCCGAACAAGGCCAUGCCCCCCGCAUCUUCCGGUACAUCGACCGACGCGGACGCCCUUUACUCGCUAUCCUCGCCGUCUCAGCCGUCGGCCUGUUAGCCUUCCUCGCCCACUACGAAGACAACGACGAUAUUUUUGACUGGCUGAUGGCUAUUUCCGGGCUGAGCACCAUGUUCACCUGGGCGAGUACCUGUCUAGCGCACAUUAGACUGCGCAAGGCGUGGACGGCGAGGGGCAGGUCAACGACAGAGGAUAUGGCGUUUACGGCGCAGGCAGGUGUCUGGGGGAGUUGGGUAGGGUUUGUGUGUAACGUAGUGUUUUUGCUGGCGCAGUUGUGGGUGGCUAUUGCCCCGUUACCGCGGGUGCAUAUCCCGGGGCAUGGACCCGGUGACCACCACGACCACGGGCCCGGGGGACACGAACACUGGAAUGGAAAUGGACUGGGACAUGGACACGGAGGGGCGUCGACGUGGCGGGCGAGGAACUUUUUUAUCAAGUGUUUGGCGCUGCCGGUGGUGAUUGUGUUUUAUCUGGGGCAUAAACUGUGGUACCGCACGGGGUAUGUGAGGGUGGCGGAUAUGGAUAUUGAUACGGGGAGGAGAGACUUUGGGCGGUUGGGGGUUAUUAAGGCGCAGGAGGCGGAGGAGAGGAGGACGUGGCCACGGUGGAAGAGGUUGUAUCGGAUGGUGUGUUAG